UGAGCAUUGGACGUCCUCGUUAGCGGUUGUCUUCGGAGCGACGAAGUAAGUGUCGCUCAGGCACCACCAAUAGGAAAGAUUCCGUAAUGAAUUGAAGAGCGACGACACAGACGAAGGAAUCUCGAAGGAAACUCGCUCAGAAAACCAUAUAGUCUUAGAAGUUGACCACAAUCCUAGUGACUAGUAGCCACCCACCCACCUGUAGCCACCGAGUUACCCCACCGAAUCCACCAUGAGACGCAGCCGGUGGAGCCACAGUGGCUCCUCCACGGCGCGACUGCUGCUGAUCGGAGUCCUGAUCGCCAGCUGUGCCACCAUUAUCCUCGCCGCCCAGCGACCACCCAUCAACUCCGCCGGAGGUCACGAACUGCGCGGAACCACCUUCAUGCCGGCCCUGGAGUGCUACGAUCCGUAUGGAAGACCGCAGAAAUGUCUUCCCGAGUUCAUCAAUGCUGCCUACCAGCUUCAAAUCGAGGCAACUAAUACCUGUGGCGACCAGAACGACAACCACUUCUGCAUACAAACUAUGAACCAAAAUCAUAAAAACUGCGAGUUUUGCAAAUACGGUGAUCACCAUCCUUCCUACCUGACGGACUUGCACGAUCCCCAGAAUGUUACCUAUUGGCAGUCGGAGACCAUGCUGGAGGGCAUUCAGCAACCGAACUACAUGAACCUGACUUUGCACUUGGGUAAAUCCUACGACAUCACGUAUGUGCGCAUUCUGUUCCGCUCGCCGCGUCCUGAGUCCUUUACGAUAUACAAGAGGACCACGGAGAACGGACCGUGGAUUCCGUACCAGUACUACAGUGCCACCUGUCGCGACACCUACUCCCUGCCCGAUUCGAGGGCCAUUCGAAAGGGCGAGGGCGAGGCGCAUGCCCUGUGCACCAGCGAGUACAGUGACAUCUCGCCGUUGAGGGACGGCGAGAUCGCCUUCUCCACGCUGGAGGGUCGUCCCAGUGGCAUCAACUUUGAACGGAGUGCCGAGCUACAGGACUGGGUCACGGCCACAGACAUCCGCAUCACCUUGGACCGACUGAACACCUUCGGCGACGAGGUCUUCGGGGAUCCCCAGGUGCUGAAGUCGUACUUCUACGCCAUCAGUGACAUUGCCGUGGGAGCCCGAUGCAAGUGCAAUGGACAUGCCAGCAAGUGUGUUCCCAGCACGGGCAUGCACGGCGAGAGGACCCUGGUCUGCGAGUGUCGCCACAACACCGACGGACCCGACUGCGACCGCUGCCUCCCGCUCUACAACGAUCUGAAGUGGAAGAGGUCAACCUCGACGGAGGUCAAUGAGUGCAAAGCCUGCAACUGCAAUGGACUGGCCGACAAGUGCUUCUUCGACUCGCAACUGUUCAACCUGACGGGUCAUGGAGGCCACUGCCUGGACUGCCGUGAGAAUCGCGAUGGUCCCAACUGCGAGCGCUGCAAGGAGAACUUCUACAUGCGCGACGAUGGCUACUGCGUCAACUGUGCCUGCGAUCCCGUGGGCUCCCGGUCGCUGCAGUGCAACAGCCACGGCAAGUGCCAGUGCAAGCCGGGCGUCACUGGCGACAAGUGCGACCGCUGCGACAACAACUACUACCAGUUCGGACCCCACGGCUGUCAGCCCUGCGGAUGCGACGGACGCGGAUCCCACCAGAACACCCCCGCCUGCGAUCCCGAAACGGGAAUCUGCUUCUGCAAGGAGAACGUCGAGGGCAGGCGCUGCAAUGAAUGUAAGCCCGGCUUCUUUACCUUGGACCAGAGCAAUCGGUUUGGCUGCACGCCGUGCUUCUGCUAUGGCCACACCUCCGAGUGCCAGACUGCGCCGGGCUACUCGAUCGUCUCGGUGACCUCCAACUUCAACAAGUUCAAGGAGCGCUGGACGGCCGCUGAUCUGAACCAGCGCGAGGUGGACAUCAAGUACAACCAGUACAGCCGCAGCAUCGGAACCACGGCGCAGGGCAACGAGCAUGUGUACUUCCAGGCGCCGGAUCGGUUCCUCGGCGACCAGCGAGCCUCCUACAACAGGGAUUUGAAGUUCAAGCUACAGCUGGUGGGCCAGGUGGCCAACACGGGGGUGAGCGAUGUGAUCCUGGAGGGAGCUGGCAGCCGCAUCUCGCUGCCCAUCUUCGCCCAGGGCAAUGGCAUACCCGACCAGGGUGUGAAGGAGUACACGUUCCGGCUGCACGAGCACCACGACUACCAGUGGCAGCCCAGCCAGUCGGCCCGCGGAUUCCUCUCGAUUCUGUCCAAUUUGACGGCCAUCAAGAUCCGGGCCACGUACUCGGUGCAGGGCGAGGCCAUCCUGGACGAUGUGGAGCUGCAGACGGCGCACCGGGGAGCGGCCGGUCACCCGGCCACUUGGAUCGAGCAGUGCACCUGUCCGGAGGGCUAUCUGGGCCAGUUCUGCGAGUCCUGUGCGCCCGGCUACCGGCACAGUCCGGCCCGCGGCGGACCCUUCAUGCCCUGCAUCCCCUGCGACUGCCACGGCCAUGCGGACAUCUGUGACUCGGAGACGGGCCGGUGCAUCUGCCACCACAACACCCACGGUGACAACUGCGACCAGUGCGCCAAGGCAUUCUACGGCAACGCCCUCGGCGGCACUCCCAGCGAUUGCAAGCGGUGUCCGUGUCCCAACGACGGUGCCUGCCUGCAGAUCAACGAGGACACGGUCAUUUGCACGGAGUGUCCCAAGGGCUACUUCGGCUCCCGGUGCGAGCAGUGCAGCGAUGGCUUCUUCGGCGAUCCCACGGGACUGCUGGGUGCGGUGCAGACCUGCAAGAGUUGCGACUGCAACGGCAACGUGGACCCCAACGCAGUGGGCAAUUGCAAUCGGACGACGGGCGAGUGCCUGAAGUGCAUCCACAAUACGGCCGGGGAGCACUGCGACCAGUGCCUGUCCGGCCACUUUGGCGAUCCGCUGGCCCUGCCCCACGGACACUGCGAUCGCUGCAGUUGCUACGAGGCGGGUACGGAGCAGGAUGCGCAGAGCAUCACGCGAUGCGACCAGGUCACCGGCCAGUGCCAGUGCAAGCCGAAUGUGAUUGGACGGGACUGUGGCGAGUGCCAGCCCGGGUACUUCAACAUCCGGUCGGGCAAUGGGUGCGAGAACUGCCUAUGCGAUCCGGUGGGCAGCUACAAUGCCACCUGCGACCGCUACAGCGGCCAGUGCCACUGCCGACCCGGCGUGGUGGGUGAGCGCUGUGACCAGUGCGCCAACUACUACUACGGCUUCUCCGGCGAGGGAUGCAAGCAGUGCGAGUGCGACGAGAGCGGCUCCAAGGGCUUCCAGUGCGACCAGAAUGGCCAGUGCCCGUGCAACGACAAUGUGGAGGGACGGCGCUGCGACCGCUGCAAGGAGAACAAGUACGACAGGCAUCGUGGAUGCAUCGACUGCCCGGACUGCUACAAUCUCGUCCAGGAUGCGGCCGAUCUGCACCGCGCCAAGCUGGCCAAUCUCAGUCAGACGCUGGACGAGAUUGCCCGCACGCCGGUCACCAAUGACGAGGAGUUCGAGGCCAAGUUGCGGGCGGUCCAGGAGAAGGUGGCUGUACUGGCCCAGGAUGCCAGCGAUAAUUCCGGCGAGGGUGGCCAGACCUAUGCCGAGGUGAUCGACGAUCUGCACAAGCAUCUGGACACCGUGAGGGAGCACCUGCAGAGUGCGGACAAGUACCAGGCGGAGGCCAAUGCCGAGAUCGAGAAGGCUCGCCAGAACUACACCGUCCUGGACCAGAUCACCGAGAAUGCCAAGAAGGAACUGCAGCAGGCUCUGGAUCUGCUCAACGACCAAGGAGCCGCUGCUCUGGCCCGGGCCAGAAAGUCCGAGGAGUUUGGCCAGCAGUCGGAGCAAAUCUCGGACAUAUCGCGCGAGGCACGUGCCCUGGCCGACAGGCUGGAGUCGGAGGCCCAAUUCGAUCUAAAGAAUGCCAAGGACGCUAUGGAUGCCGUGGAGAAGGCCCACCAACUGGCCAAGAGCGCCAUCGAUCUGCAGCAGAAGAUCGGCACGGAGCUGCGUUCCGAGGUGGGUCUGGAGCUGGCCAGUGUGAGGCAAUCGCUGGGCACCGUGGUCCAGACCUCCAAGGAGGCGCUGCGCAAGGCCAACGAGGUGUACGAAACCGCACUGACCCUCUUGAACGAGGUUAACCGUCAGACGCAGCCGGUCAUCGACAUCAAUCAGCUGAAGAAGGAUGCAGUGGCGGCCAACGAAAGGGCAGAUAAACUACUCAGUGCCAUCAAUGAGCUGUCCGAAAGAAAUGGCGAACUGUUUGCCGAUUUCGAAAUGGAGCAUGAGCUUACGGAAACGCUGCUAAAGAGAGCCGAUCAGCAGCAGCAGGAGGACAUUGAGUUGCUGGAGCGGGCCAAGGCCGCCCACGACAAGGCCACCAAGGCGGUGGAGCAGGGCGACAACACCCUCAAGGAGGCCAACAACACCUAUAAAAAGCUGGCCGGAUUCCAGUCCGAUGUGCAGCGCUCUUCGGAGAGUGCAGCCCAAGCCCUGCAGACAGUGCCCAAUAUCGAGAAGGAGAUCCAGAAUGCGGAAAGUCUGAUCAGCCAGGCGGAGGAGGCUCUGGACGGAGCCAAUAAGAACGCCAACGAGGCCAAGAAGAAUGCCCAGGAGGCGCAGUUAAAGUACGCCGAGCAGGCCUCGAAGGAUGCCGAGCUGAUCCGCCGCAAGGCCAAUGAGACCAAGGUGGCUGCCCGAAAUCUGCGAGAUGAGGCCGACCAGCUGAAUCACCGCGUUAAGGUCACCGAGGUGGAAAUCUUCAAGCUGGUGGACAGCUCCACCAAAGACGACAACCUGGUGGACGAUGCCAAGCGAAAGGUGGGCCAGGCCAAGGCCGAUACCCAGGAGGCCCAAAAACAGAUUGAGAAGGCCAAUGCCGAACUGACGGCCAUCAAGGAAGAGCUGGAGAACCUGAAGGACAUCAACACAGGCGAUUUGGAUAAAUUGGAAAAUCGUUUGGCCACUGUGGAGGGUGAGAUCAAUCGUGUCAAUCUGACGGGUCGCAUUGAAAAGUACCGGGAGCAGCGCAACAUUCAGAAGAAUCUGAUCGACAAGUACGAUGCCGAGCUAAAGGAACUGGCCGAGGAGGUGGAAAACAUUGGCCUUAUAUCCAAAGUUCUGCCCGACAAUUGCUUCAGUCGCAAUCGCCUGGAACCGUAGAGCUCCGUAGAGCAACGCCCGCUCCCAAUAACAACUACUUCAAUUAACACUAAGUACGAGAACGAGGAUCAGAACGAGAGACGAACAAAUCAGAUUUACGAUAUACUGUAGAACGUAGCCGUUGAAUGAAAUUAUGUAAUUUUAGUGCCUUAGCCGAAAUAUUCUGUUUAGUGACCAGACAAGUGUCCACAAAAGAGAUCAGCCGAGCAAAGUAAAGCUUUAACGCAUCAUCGUUCGCAUACUGUAUGCCAUAUCCUGUAAUGAUACAAGGGGAUGCCGAUGCCCCUUUGCCGACAUCGAGAAUCAACUGCCAACUGUGCUUCACCAGUUUCAAGCCAGCCACGUACUGUAUUAUAUGUUAAAGACCACUAAACCACUAAAUGCAAACCUUGUACUCCAAUAAUCCGAUAAUCCAAUCGCAUUUCUCUAUCUCUGCCGUAGCUCCCACGUAAAAUCUAUUCUAAACACCUAUAUAUUAACAUAUUUGUCAUCUACGUUUAAUGUGCCAAUACAAUUACCAUGUAUCUUUGUGUAUAAGUCACUUAAAGAGUUUUCCUUCGAAAUAUAACUUUUCCAACGUUGUAAUUUUAUAUAA